CCCAGGUCCCCCAGUGCGCAGGCGCGCAGGUCUCUCCUUGUCAGUCGGCGCCGCGUGCGGGCUGGUGGCUCUGGCUGUGGCGGUGACGCGUCUCCAGCACCAUGAGCGGCUUCAGCAGCGAGGAGCGCGCGGCGCCCUUCACCCUGGAGUACCGGGUCUUCCUCAAAAAUGAAAAAGGACAAUAUAUAUCUCCAUUUCAUGAUAUCCCAAUUUAUGCAAACAAGGAUGUGUUCCACAUGGUGGUUGAAGUACCACGCUGGUCUAAUGCAAAAAUGGAGAUUGCUACGAAGGACCCUUUAAAUCCAAUUAAGCAAGAUGUGAAAAAAGGAAAACUCCGUUAUGUUGCAAAUUUGUUUCCUUACAAAGGAUAUAUUUGGAACUAUGGGGCCAUCCCUCAGACUUGGGAAGACCCAGGACACAAUGACAAACACACUGGCUGUUGUGGUGACAAUGAUCCAAUUGAUGUGUGUGAAAUUGGAAGCAAGGUGUGUGCAAGAGGGGAAAUAAUCAGGGUGAAAGUUCUGGGCAUAUUGGCUAUGAUUGAUGAAGGGGAAACCGACUGGAAAGUCAUUGCCAUCAAUGUGGAUGAUCCUGAUGCAGCCAAUUAUAAUGAUAUUAAUGAUGUCAAGCGACUGAAACCUGGCUACCUGGAAGCUACUGUGGACUGGUUUAGAAGGUACAAAGUUCCUGAUGGAAAACCAGAGAACCAGUUUGCUUUCAAUGCAGAAUUUAAAAAUAAGGACUUCGCAGUUGAUAUUAUUAAAAGCACUCAUGACCAUUGGAGAGCAUUAGUGACCAAGAAAACGGAUGGAAAAGGAAUCAGCUGCAUGAAUACAACAGUGUCUGAGAGUCCCUUCAAGUGUGAUCCUGAUGCUGCCAAAGCCAUUGUGGAUGCUUUACCACCACCAUGUGAAUCUGCCUGCACAGUACCAAGCGAUGUGGACAAGUGGUUCCAUCACCAGAAAAACUAAGAAAAUAUCUCUGAAAUUCUGGCUGACGUUGCUGUAUCCUAUUCAUCUGGAAGUAUUAGAUGGAAAAGUAGUGGCUUUUCAGGGCUUUAAAUUCAUGGUUUUAAAUUUAUAGAACUAAACUAACUAAAGCAAAUUCUGCUGUGACCAAACAUAUAUAUUCGGAAUAUUAUCUACCUAAAAGCAUUUAGCAUAUCUCAACUAAGAUAACUUUUGGUACAUGCUUAAAUAUCAAAGCGGUAGUUAUUUGGAAGUGAAAUGUGCAAGGUAAAUGCGGAUGUCUGUUUCCCAUGUGUUAGGAAAUAAAAUUAUUUUGCUGAAAUUUG